AUGAUGCUUUUGUCUGCGAUUGUCGCUGCUGGAACAGCUGGAACUAUUGUCUUUUGUGGACAAAACGAUCGCGAUGCUAAACGCAACAAAUCAUCGAAAUCGAAGAAAGGCGGAAAAUCUGGAAAAUCUUCCGGAAAAUCGAAGAAAAAUGCAUCGAAGCGCAAAUCAUCAAGAUCAAGAAAAAGCUCGAAAUCUUCAAAAUCGAAGAGAUCUUCUUCGAAAUCCAAGAAAUCUUCAAAAGCCGGAAAAUCAUCAAGAUCUGGAAAAUCUGGAAAAUCGAAGAGAUCGAAGUCUUCAAAAUCCAAAAGAUCAUCAAAAUCCAAGAAACCAACAGCCAAAAAGAUCGGAGAAUUGGACAAAACUCAAAAAUCGUCGAAAUCUAGCAGAUCAAGCAAAUGCGACAAAAAGAAAGGGUAAGUAAGAAGCGAAAAAGCUUUCGAGGUUUUCAAUACCUUUUUUCUUUCCAGCUCUGAUCGCGAAGCCCUCAAAAAGGUUCCAAAUGAUUCGAGCUAUAAAUUCAAGUCUUCUUCAUGCUCACAAUCAAAUGGUCCUUCGGAUUCAAUCAAGGCUUCAAAUAUGAGAGCAACGCCAAACAAAUUGCCAUUUGAUAAACAUGGAGGACUUGAGACUGUUAAGAUUGCCAAUAACAGUGGAGCACGAAAGGCUUUCAAGGUUUGUUGGUUUGAAGAGUAAUUGGGUCUCGCAGCGAACUGGUGCUUUGUGAGGGUUUGAAAAGUUUUCGAAGUGAAUUUGGUAUUCUGGGGGUUUAGCUAACCGAAAAUCUAAUUUGAUUUUCUAGGCCAUUUCAUUCUAAAAAUUGAAAAGCACUUACUAAGUUCUUGGGUCUCGCAGCUUCUUCUCAAUUAAUCAAUAAUUUCAGGUCAAAUGCACUGAUAACAUGUUGUACAAUGUCAAUCCAGUUUAUGGCUUUGCAGACGACGGCGAAACUUUCAAUAUUGAUGUUUUGAGAAACAAUGGUGAAUUGAAGACGGAUAAUUUGGUGAUUUUGGCGACGAACGUCACCAAAGAUGAUAUUGAUGCCAAGAAGGUUUUCGCAAAUGCGCCACCAGAGAGAGAAAUGGUUAUUGUACCAUUGAUUGCAGCAAAAUAA